AUGAUCUCCAGAAGCAGCUUCAGAAUCGCCAGAAGGCGUAUAGGCGCCUCCCGCGUAGGCACUGUCCUUCCAGCACCAGAUACUUCCAAGACCCUCAAAGCAUCGACGUUUAACCUCCCAAACCAGCCACAAACGCCGGCUCCCCAGCACGAGCUGGUCCCCCAGGAGGAUAUUGACGACUUCAACCUCACCAAGCUUAUCCACGGAACCACAGACCUCCAAUUAGCCAUUACUUCUAGAGCCAGCAACAAGCUCAACAGCAUUGCUGAAACCGAUAAUAACCCCAAUACCGCCUUGAAAAUCAGCGUGGAAAGUGGUGGGUGCCACGGGUUUCAGUACAACUUGAACCUCACGGAUUUGGAGAAAGAAAUAGCUGCAGAUGCCGACGAAGAGCUCUUGGUGUUCAAGAGAGAAGACGGUACUGGACAAGUGGCACAGGUGGUGUUGGAUGAAUCGUCAUUGGAAAUCUUGCAGGACUCCAAGAUCGACUAUACCAAGGAGUUGAUCGGUAGCUCGUUUAAGGUGGUGGACUCGCCAUACACUUCGACUGCUUGCGGAUGUGGAGCCUCAUUCGACUUUGAUUUCGAGAAGUUGCAGAGAAAGAAGGAGGCAAAGGAGGCAAAUUAG